AUGGACUACGACCCAGAUGGCGGCGCAAUAAACGUCCGCUUCCUCGAGGCAAACAGCCAGCGCGCCAACUUCAUCGUCCAGAACUUUAAUCUCGAAACCGCCAACUCGCUGCGCCGUGUGAUGCUCGCUGAGAUUCCCACCCUUGCCAUCGACGUCGUAGAAGUCUUCGACAACACAUCCGUUCUUGCCGACGAGUUCGUCUGCCACCGUCUCGGCCUCGUGCCCUUGUGCUCAAAAGGUGUCGAAGACCUGCUAUACUCGCGCGACUGCGACUGCGAAGGCUACUGCGACAACUGCGCCGUUGUCCUCACCCUCAACGCGAAAUGCACAGGCAGCGAGAUUAUGAAAGUGUAUGCGCGCGAUCUGGUGAUUGAAUCCCGGACACCGAAUGAGGAUGUAGGCAAGCCGGUCAUCACUGAUUCAGAAGAGACGGGUAGUUGCAUUGUCAAACUGAGGAGAGGCCAAGCGAUCAGCAUGAAGUGCAUCGCAAAGAAGGGUAUUGCAAAGGAGCAUGCGAAGUGGGCACCUAGUGCGGCCAUCGGUUUCGAGUAUGAUCCGGCGAACAAGCUGCAUCAUUUGGACUACUGGCACGAGGAGGACGCGGAUAAGGAAUGGCCCAAAGACGAAGCUCGGAUAAACCUUGACGGCGGUCCCCCUAACCCAGAUGAACCCUUCAACUACGACGCUGUCCCAACCCGUUUCUUCUACGACGUCGAAACAGUCGGUGGUCUUGAACCUGAUCAGAUUGUCACGCAAGGAAUCUCUAUCCUACAACGAAAGCUCGCCGAGAUUAUCAAAGAACUAUCCGGCGGUAUUGGAGGCCCAGAGGACUUUGGCGGUGCGCAGAGCCCAACACUGAACGGUGCUGGGUAUGGUGAUGCCGGCGGAUAUACUCCAGUCGGAGCACCGGGAUACGGCGGCGCGAGUUCUUGGGGUGGCGCGGCACAAGGAGGUGCUACGCCGUACGGUGCUACGCCAUACGGACAGAACUGGUAG